AUGUCAGACUAUCAAAAUACCUCUCAAAAUAUCGCCACCUCUCAAGAUACCCUGGAGACUGAUACUGAUGAGGAGACUGUUAAGUUGAAAAAAUAUCGCAAAUACUGGUGGAAAACCGGUGAAUACUACCAAAAGGCCAAUUGGGAAGAAGCAAGUUUACCCUAUGAGCUUGCUAUCGACGUUUCUUGGGAAGAUUAUGUCGAAAAAACGGAUAAAUACAAUAUGUACAUGCUGGUGGGAAUGGGAAAACGGAGUCGUUUGUCAACAAGGUCACAUGAAAUCGCCAAAGAAGCGGAUGCUUCAUUUCGACCAGUGGCAAAACCUCGAGUAAAUAGAGGCGGAUCUGAUGGAAAGGCCUGGCAUUACUGCAUAAAUAAUGUAACAGCUGUUGGCGUAUUAAAUCCCACAAUGUAUGAAUUCGGCUCGGUUGACCGCCAGGGAAAUCCAAUCAAUCCACAACUUGGACAAAAUGUCAUCAAUAUUCAACUGGAGUGCCUCUAUCAUGGAGCACCUAAUGUUGUUGUUCCAUCACUUCCUCUAUAUCUACCUAACCCCAUUCCUAUCGAUCCGUUUUACAGCAUGUUAGCAGGAACGAGAAAGAUUACUCCUGUUGAAAAGUAUGGCAUGUUAGUUGGAGGAGUAGGCACGCACCGUAUGGACUUGUCAUCAAUGAUAAUCUUAAAAGACAACCACAUCUGGAGUCAAG